AUGACUGAUGUCCCACCACAUGCGCAAAGAAGUAAUGAGUUUCUUUAAAAAGUUAACAUGGGACACAUUUAACCACAAAUACAGAUGAUUCAAUCCACAUCACAAAGGCUUGAAUAUUUUAUCAUAGCUUACACAUCUGGAUCCAAAUAGGCAGGGUAGUGCAAUUUAAGCAUCUUGUGAUCAUCUCGUCAGAAUACAAAGUAUCGAUUUGCUUAAGUUAAAUUAUCUUUGUAUCAUGGAAACAAUAAACUAACACUUCACUCAGAGAGUCAAAGUAUGCAACACAUUGGCAUCCUUUAUGAGCCCGCAAAUAGUCAUGGUACUUAAAAUUUUAUAUAAUAUAAUAAUAUAAUAAAAUAUUUAUAUAGCGCUUAUACUUUUAAGUUCUAAGCGCUUUACAUUACUUCAAAAAGGUCUGAAUAAAAAAUAAAAAUCCUAAAAUCAUUACAUAUAUACAUAUAUACAUAUAUACAUAGUCACAAAAAUACAAAAUAAAAAAGCUAAGAUAGUUCAUAAACUCGUUUAAAAAGAAAGGUCUUCAAAUUAGAUUUAAACUUAUUUACAUCAUCGAUCGACCUAAUGUCAACAGGCAAAUCGUUCCAGAGUAUAGGGGCGAUGACUGAAAAAGCCCUGAAACCGUAUGUCUUUAAGUUAUAGGGUUUAAUAACAAGACGCCACUUGUCUGAAGAUGAUCGGAGGUACCUCGCAGGUUCAUAAACAUGGAUUAAUAUAAUAUAGGUGCAAUUCCGUGAUGUAAAUCAAACCAAAAAUUAUUGCCAUCAUUAAGAGGGCAAAACAAAGCCGCUGGUCAUAUAUAAAUUACAUUUCUUGUCUGCUUUAAAUAGUUCUUUUAGGAUUUCCACCAAAACAGCUUAUGUGGAAGAAUAAAGAUGAUGUAAUAUCAUCUGUGGAUGUCAGAUCUGGAGAUACAUUAAUAAUUGAGGAAGACAAAAAUGCUCCAAGACCAUCACUGGAUGGUUACAAGAAAUCUUUAAGCAGUGCAGCACUUGGAAAAAUUUCAAGAAAGUAAUUAUUAUUUUAUUAUAUCCAUUUUGUGAACUUCCAUCAUAAUUUGCAGUUCAUAACAGUAUUUAGGGCACAUCACAAGGAACUAGUCAAGAUGGCUAAGUGCAGGGAGGUUCAAUGUGGUUCAGUGGCAUAAGUGGGUCAGAAUUAAUAAAGAUCCCAAAAUUUAAUUAACAGGUUUGGAAGUGUAUCUGCUAUCAAAAAUUUGAAUGAAAUUAUUUUGUGAAAUUAGUUAUUGUGAAAUAAUAUUUUGCAGGUGGGGGCAGCAAAUGAUUAAAACUAUGUAUUAAAUGGAACAUAACAGGUAUAAGCAUUCCUUUUGAAAGGGAGGAAACCAGUUGAUUAUUUACAAGCAUGGCUGAGGAUUCGAACUUGAGAUUUCUGCUAAGUAUCAACUCAACCACACUACGCCUUCAUCACAUACUUGUACAAUAUAUGGUCUGUUUGUUGCACUGUUUAGUUGGUCUUUUUUUCCUUCAUACAUAGAGUUGUUCCAGCUGAUAAUUCCUGCCUUUUUGCAAGUGUUAGGUAAGAAAGGUACAGUGCUAUGUUUGUUUAACUGCACUUUCAGAAUUAAUUCAAGCUUAAAGCCCUAAAAUGUAAAGAUAACUGAUUUCCUACUUUGACUCUGAACUCCAAUCAUGAAUGACUGCAGUUUCCACAGAAUUGAUAAAUUAUCAAAAAAUGCAGAGAAAAUUGAACAGAACUUUGAUACCAUGAAAUGGUUAAAAUAGUGGAGUACUUUACUUCUAUAGCAACACCUUUAUGUUAUUUUCUUUUAGCUAUGUUAUGCUUGGUGUGACAUCAUUUGCCUCAGAGCUAAGACAGCUGAUAGCAAAGUGUGUUUCAAGUGAUCCUCAAUUGUACAAUUCUGUGUUUCUGGGUCAAGAAAACACUGAGUACUGUAAAUGGAUACUGGAUGAGGAUCACUGGGGAGGUAUUCUAACACAUCUCUGUAUACUGUUUUUAGCUGCAUGCAUGCUUAUGCAAUUAAACAUUAAAACAACACAAAAUAUUGCAUAAACAAUUUAAAACUGUACAACACUCCUCUAUAGUUGUAAGUAGGCUAGAUGUCUCCGAAAUGUUAUUUAUCAGUCAGUAUACAAGUAGCAGAUUUUUGUGAUGAUAUUAUAGUACUUCAUUGGUAUUUAAUUUCACAGGUACUUAAUUGCACGAUUUUGGCAAAGAGUAUUUCAUGGGGUUUUAUUUUCUCAAUUUCAACACACAAAUAUGAGAAAAGCGCAUUAAAUUUUGUGAUUUAAGUGUUCUCGACUUUAUUUAUUUGUGAAAAAAGUCUGAAAGUUUUCAAAUGUCUGGUUAAACUGAAAAAGCAAAGUGUGAAUGCAAUUAACUUCACUUACUGAAGAUACAACAAGUACAGCAAGUACAACAGUUAAAAAGUUAUAUUGUUGGUACUUAUCCUGUAUAUGACGGCUAGUUCAAGUUAAUUUUCUUUUCUCUGAUUUGAAUUUGUAUAGGUAAUGGUAUGAUUUGUAGUGAUAUUUGGCAUAAAUACCACCAGUGAUAUUUCAAAAUUGUUAUAUGUAAUUUCACAAGCCGUUAGGCGGGUGAAAUUUGAGACAAUUUUGAAAUAUCAGGAGUGGUAUUUAUGCCAAAUAUCACGUGCAAAUCAUGCUAUUAUUUGUUUAUACUACUACCAGCAAACGGUUUGUAAUUUUCACAUGUAGGUAUUUCAAAUUAAGCUGAAAUACCACUGCUCUAAGCCAAUCAAAUUGCAGAAAUUCCUCAUGUAGUAGUAUAAUGUACAUGUAUAUAAGAAUGUAAUUGCGAGGGCUUAAAUUUUGUGAGCAUUUAUUUUCACAAUUUUUUUUGUAGUCCCGAAAAUCGUGAAGUUAAAGAGUCACAAAUUAAGUACCAAUAAGGUAUUUUAAGACUCAACUCAAAAAGUUCACUUUUUUGUCUUUUUUCUGCAUUAACCUUUUACAUUUCUGUAUUUUUUUUAACGAUACUCAGGUGCUAUUGAGUUGUCAAUCCUUAGCAAACAUUACCAAACAGAAAUUGCUGUAGCUGAUACAGAGUCAGGAAGAGUUGAUAGAUAUGGUAAGAUGCAAGGUAUAGACGAUCUGGGUAGGAGAGGACUCCAUUAGUACCUUGUGUUUAUAUGGGGUAAUCAUCACAUAUUCUGAUUGGCCAUCCAAAUCGAAUGGUUCAAAUCAUUCUGUUUUGAAAGUUUGGUGGUUCAUAUUCGAGGGGGUGCAAUCUACCCUUUUUACUCUUGGCUCAUUUGGCUACAGUUUGUAUUUGGUACUUCUCCCAGGAGUCAAAUAAUUUGAAUCCUUGAUACAUAAUUGCAACCAACCAAGAACUUGAAGGGAGGGAACCCUUCUUUCUCCUUGGUUUUUUCUUAGUACUGUACUUUUUGCACACCUUUCAUGGAUCUAUUAGCUCUGAAAGAUGAUCUGUCCCAAGGCGGGAAAUGUUUGUAUAAUCCUUUCACGAAGUGAAAAUAUCUGCUUCAGCCUUUGAUUACAAACAUUUCUGUUUUUCUCCCUACAUCCCAGCUUGUUGGUUGUGUACUGCUAGUAAACCAAUGGAAAGUUCUUUCUAUUGCUUGUAAUUGCAGGAGAAGGGUGUGGUUACAGAGACUGUGUAUAUCUGGUGUAUGAUGGGAUUCAUUAUGACCCUGUUGCUGUUCCAAGUUCUAAUAAUUCAGCUGAGCCAGUACAAACUGUGUUCCCGGUCACAGAUGAUAUGAGGCUUGCUGAAGCACUUGAGAUAGCUGCAGAGGCUAAAAAGGUUAGCUAUUCAGACCUAAUACAGUCAGUGCAAACGGCAGAGCUACAGGUCCUAGCGUCUGUAUUACAAUUCGUAUAAAUUAAUUUUUAAUUUAAAACAAACUAAACAAAAGCUUUGUUACAAUUAAGUUAAACGUGGACGAUUAGAGACACUUCAAAAUUUGACCUGUCAACUUUCAAGUACCUACCGUUACAACAAAAGUACCGCUAAAAGAGCAGUGUUUUGCAGUUUACUCCAUUUUAUAUGACAUGCGCACCCGUUUAUGGCGCUGGAAAAACACUCAGGAUUGUGUUUUACAAAAUUUCUCGAACACGUUCAACCGUUCACAUUCACCCGUAUUUCCUGUUGUCUACCCCUAAAUCAACUUACAUGUAAGCUUUUCACCUUUCUUUUCCAUUCCCUGAAUGAUGUAUUGUUUCUUUGCAAAACCAAAACAGCUUAUGUGGAAGAAUAAAGAUGAUGUAAUAUCAUAUGUGGAUGUCAGAUCUGGAGAUACGUUAAUAAUUGAGGAAGACAAAAAUGCUCCAAGAGCAUCACUGGAUGGUUACAAGAAAUCUUUAAGCAGUGCAGCACUUGGAAAAAUGUCAAGAAAGUAAUUAUUAUUUUAUUAUAUCCAUUUUGUGAACUUCCAUCAUAAUUUGCAGUUCAUAACAGUAUUUAGGGCACAUCACAAGGAACUAGUCAAGAUGGCUAAGUGCAGGAAGGUUCAAUGUGGUUCAGUGGCAUAAGUGGGUCAGAAUUAAUAAAGAUCCCAAAAUUUAAUUAACAGGUUUGGAAGUGUAUCUGCUAUCAAAAAUUUGAAUGAAAUUAUUUUGUGAAAUUAGUUAUUGUGAAAUAAUAUUUUGCAGGUGGGGGGCAGCAAAUGAUUAAAACUAUGUAUUAAAUGGAACAUAACAGGUAUAAGCAUUCCUUUUGAAAGGGAGGAAACCAGUUGAUUAUUUACAAGCAUGGCUGAGGAUUCGAACUUGAGAUUUCUGCUAAGUAUCAACUCAACCACACUACGCCUUCAUCACAUACUUGUACAAUAUAUGGUCUGUUUGUUGCACUGUUUAAUUGUUCUUUUUUUCCUUCAUACAUAGAGUUGUUCCAGCUGAUAAUUCCUGCCUUUUUGCAAGUGUUAGGUAAGAAAGGUACAGUGCUAUGUUUGUUUAACUGCACUUUCAGAAUUAAUUCAAGCUUAAAGCCCUAAAAUGUAAAGAUAACUGAUUUCCUACUUUGACUCUGAACUCCAAUCAUGAAUGACUGCAGUUUCCACAGAAUUGAUAAAUUAUCAAAAACUGCAGAGAAAAUUGAGCAGAACUUUGAUACCAUGAAAUGGUUAAAAUAGUGGAGUACCGUAUUUCCAUAGCAACACCUUUAUGUUAUUUUCUUUUAGCUAUGUUAUGCUUGGUGUGACAUCAUUUGCCUCAGAGCUAAGACAGCUGAUAGCAAAGUGUGUUUCAAGUGAUCCUCAAUUGUACAAUUCUGUGUUUCUGGGUCAAGAAAACACUGAGUACUGUAAAUGGAUACUGGAUGAGGAUCACUGGGGAGGUAUUCUAACACAUCUCUGUAUACUGUUUUUAGCUGCAUGCAUGCUUAUGCAAUUAAACAUUAAAACAACACAAAAUAUUGCAUAAACAAUUUAAAACUGUACAACACUCCACUAGUUGUAAGUAGGCUAGAUGUCUCCGAAAUGUUAUUUAUCAGUCGGUAUACAAGUAGCAGAUUUUUGUGAUGAUAUUAUAGUACUUCAUUGGUAUUUAAUUUCACAGGUAUUUAAUUGCACGAUUUUGGCAAAGAGUAUUUCAUGGGGUUUUAUUUUCUCAAUUUCAACACACAAAUAUGAGAAAAGGGCAUUAAAUUUUGUGAUUUAAAUAUUCUCGACUUUAGUUAUUUGUGAAAAAAGUCUGAAAGUUUUCAAAUGUCUGGUUAAACUGAAAAAGCAAUGUGUGAAUGCAACUUCACUUACUGAAGAUACAACAAGUACAGCAAGUACAACAGUUAAAAAGUAAUAUUGUUGGUACUUAUCCUGUAUAUGACGGCUAGUUCAACUUAAUCUUCUUUUCUCUGAUUUGAAUUUGUAUAGGUAAUGGUAUGAUUUGUAGUGAUAUUUGGCAUAAAUACCACCAGUGAUAUUUCAAAAUUGUUAUACGUAAUUUCAUGAGCCGUUAGGCGAGUGAAAUUUGAGACAAUUUUGAAAUAUCACGAGUGGUAUUUAUGCCAAAUAUCACGGGCAAAUCAUGCUAUUAUUUGUUUAUACUACUACCAGCAAAAGGUUUGUAAUUUUCACAUGUAGGUAUUUCAAAUUAAGCUGAAAUACCACUGCUCUAAGCCAAUCAAAUUGCAGAAAUUCCUCAUGUAGUAGUAUAAUGUACAUGUAUAUAAGAAUGUAAUUGUGAGGGCUUAAAUUUUGUGAGCACUUAUUUUCACGAUUUUUUUUGCAGUCCCGAAAAUCGUGAAGUUAAAGAGUUGCAAAUUAAGUACCAAUAAGGUAUUUUAAGACUCAACUCAAAAAGUUCACUUUUUUGUCUUUUUUCUGCAUUAACCUUUUACAUUUCUGUAUUUUUUUUAACGAUGCUCAGGUGCUAUUGAGUUGUCAAUCCUUAGCAAACAUUACCAAACACAAAUUGCUGUAGCUGAUACAGAGUCAGGAAGAGUUGAUAGAUAUGGUAAGAUGCAAGGUAUAUACCUUGUGUUUAUAUGGGGUAAUCAUCACAUAUUCUGAUUGGCCAUCCAAAUCGAAUGGCUCAAAUCAUUCUGUUUGGUGGUUCAUAUUCGAGGGGGUGCAAUCUACCCUUUUUACUCUUGGCUCAUUUGGCUACAGUUUGUAUUUGGUACUUCUCCCAGGAGUCAAAUAAUUUGAAUCCUUGAUACAUAAUUGCAACCAACCAAGAACUUGAAGGGAGGGAACCCUUCUUUCUCCUUGGUUUUUUCUUAGUACUGUACUUUUUGCACACCUUUCAUGGAUCUAUUAGCUCCGAAAGAUGAUCUGUCCCAAGGCGGGAAAUGUUUGUAUAAUCCUUUCACGAAGUGAAAAUAUCUGCUUCAGCCUUUGAUUACAAACAUUUCUGUUUUUCUCCCUACAUCCCAGCUUGUUGGUUGUGUACUGCUAGUAAACCAAUGGAAAGUUCUUUCUAUUGCUUGUAAUUGCAGGAGAAGGGUGUGGUUACAGAGACUGUGUAUAUCUGGUGUAUGAUGGGAUUCAUUAUGACCCUGUUGCUGUUCCAAGUUCUAAUAAUUCAGCUGAGCCAGUACAAACUGUGUUCCCUGUCACAGAUGAUAUGAGGCUUGCUGAAGCACUUGAGAUAGCUGCAGAGGCCAAAAAGGUUAGCUAUUCAGACCUAAUACAGUCAGUGCAAACGGCAGAGCUACAGGUCCUAGCGUCUGUAUUACAAUUCGUAUAAAUUAAUUUUUAAUUUAAAACAAACUAAACAAAAGCUUUGUUACAAUUAAGUUAAACGUGGACGAUUAGAGACACUUCAAAAUUUGACCUGUCAACUUUCAAGUACCUACCGUUACAACAAAAGUACCGCUAAAAGAGCAGUGUUUUGCAGUUUACUCCAUUUUAUAUGACAUGCGCACCCGUUUAUGGCUCUGGAAAAACACUGAGGAUCGUGUUUUACAAAAUUUUUCGAACACGUUCAACCGUUCACAUUCACCCGUAUUUCCUGUUGUCUACCCUUUAAAUCAACUUACAUGUAAGCUGUUCACCUUUCUUUUCCAUUCCUUGAAUGAUGUAUUGUUUCUUUGCAGAAACGUCAGUUUACAAACUUGUCCAAGUUCUCCCUUCGCUGUCUAGUUUGCAACACACCACUGACCGGGCAACAGGCAGCCCAAAAGCACGCAGCCUCAACUGGGCACACAAACUUCGGGGAGGUCUGACAAUACAGAAUGCCAGCCGCGCGCUGAACUGAUGAUAUCGGGAAACCUUUUUGCGUGCGUCCGAUUAUGUGAGGGAAUGCAGUGAGAACGAGCUGUUUAGUCCAGUCAAGUGUCCAAAUUUGGUAAAGGCUCUUUAUGUGAGGGGAUUUUGAUCUUAGGAAAAGAAAACGGUUUCCUUCGUUGCUAAAAAAAAAGACAUUUAAAAUUUGAACAUGGAACUUUAAAUGCCUGUAGACACGUUGCGGGCGGUGCCGCGAUUGCAAAACACGUAUGA